UCAACCUUUUUAAACAAAACAUAAGAGAGAGAAAGAGAAAGAGAAAGAGAAAGAGAAAGAGAAAGAGAGAGAAUGGAGUACUAUGAGAAUGGUUUCUUAGAAGAAUUGUUAGCUUUGAGAAGCAAUAAUUCAUGGGAAGCAGGUGAUAUUAUUCCUAUGGGAAUGGGAAUGAACAGGAACAUUGAUGAUGAUUUCUAUUGUUACAAUAAUAAUUAUUAUUAUUCCAAUAAUAAUAAUAAUGUUGUGAAUAAUGGGAAUAAUGGGGGGUUUGAUUGUGUUGAGGAGGAGAAGCAGAUAACGGUGCCAAUUAUUCCCGGCGGCGCGUGUUGCAGCGCCGCCGCCGCCACCGCGACGGCGGCGACCAGCACGGUCUCCUUCGACGACUGCUACGCCAACUAUCUGCCAUUUGAGCAGAGCUUCAACUCUUAUUCUCCCUGCUUCUUCAACGAACUCUACACCGAGUUAUCCCCGCAACUCACUGAGUCGUCCAACACCAAACUCGGCACCCCGCCGCCGUUCCCCGGGUACCAAGAGGAGCUGUUGUCGUCGUCGCCGGCGGGGAUUUUUGACGAGGAGGCUAAUAAUUGCUUUCGUAAUCCUCAUUCGUGUAAAAUGGAGCCGGCGGUUUAUGGCGGUGGUUGUGAGGUUGUGGAGGCUGGUGUGAGCUUCAACAUUGGGUCAUCUGGGCCUGAGAAGAAGCCCAAAUCCAAGAAACUCCAUGGCCAACCUUCAAAGAAUCUGAUGGCUGAGAGGAGGAGAAGGAAGAGGCUUAAUGAUAGGCUCUCCAUGCUUAGAUCAAUUGUGCCCAAGAUUAGCAAGAUGGACAGAACAUCCAUUCUCGGGGACACAAUAGACUACAUGAAGGAGCUGCUGGAGAGAAUAAACCAUCUGCAAGAAGAAAUGGAGGUGGGGCCAGAUCAACUCAGACUAAUGAGCAUCUUCAAGGAUGUAAAACCAGAUGAAAUGUCUGUCAGGAAUUCACCCAAGUUUGAUGUGGAAAGGAGAGAAGUGAGUGAUACAAGGGUGGAGAUUUGCUGCUCAGCCAAGCCUGGGCUUCUGCUAUCAACAGUGACCACUCUAGAGGCCUUAGGCCUAGAGAUUCAACAGUGUGUUAUUAGUUGUUUCAAUGACUUUGCAUUCAGAGCUUCCUGCACUCAGGAAUUGGAGCAAAGAGGAGUUUUGAAUACAGAAGAGAUAAAGCAGGCAUUAUUCAGGAAUGCCGGAUACGGAGGGAGGUGUCUUUAAGUAGUGGAUAAAAUUACGAAGAGAAGAAAUUAGAGCAGGUCUAAAAAUCAUGUGGAUUUUUAUGGUUUUGAAAAUGGGUAGUAGUUUCAAAUGAGAUGAGCUGAGAUUGUACUAAAACUUUUUAUGAUAAUUUUUAUCCAAACUAAGUGGAUUCCAUUAUUCCAAUCA